AUGGCUAUUUCUACUAUUGCUAUUCUAGAAAGUACUGUUUCAAUGCUUAAUGGGAACAAUUUUUCUGAAUGGAAAGAAAAUUUACUCUUUUAUUUGGAGUGUUUAGAACUUGAUUUGGCGCUCCGUGAGGACGAACCACCUACCCUUACGGAUACUAGUACGCCAUUAGAAGUUACGAAGCAUGAGAGGUGGGAGCGAUCUAAUCGCCUAAGUCUCAUGUUUAUGAAGUCUCACGUAACUAAGGGCAUUAGGGGUUCUAUCCCUGAAUGCAAAAAGGCAACAGAGUUCAUGCGGGCCGUUGAAGAACAAUUUGUAAGUUCCGAUAAGGCAUUAGCAAGCACCCUAAUGAAGAAACUCUCAAGUAAAACCUUUGACAGAUCCAGAAGUGUGCGAGACCACAUUAUGGAAAUGAGAGACAUGGCAGCUCAAUUGAAGUCCCUAGAGAUUGAUAUUUCUGAUUCCUUCUUAGAGGAGGAAAGGCUAAAGCAGGAGAAACUAUAG